CUAACCAACACUCGAGCAGUUGUGAUUCUACAUCUACAGAGUAGUAUUGACAGAACAAUGGCCAGCUUCACUAUCAAUUCCAAGGCGCGCCUGAACUCAGGCUAUGAAAUUCCAGUUUUAGGAUUUGGUGUCUAUCAAACACCGCCAGCCGAAACUGAGGGCCUAGUCGCCCACGCACUUGCGAAAGGAUAUCGUCAUGUAGACUCCGCUGUUUUCUAUCACAAUGAAGGACCCUGCGCACAAGCUAUUAUGAAGUCUGGCAUCCCACGUGGGGAUAUCUUCUUCACGAGCAAGAUCCCACCCCGCACCCUGAGUUAUGAGAACACGAAGGCACAAGUUGAGACCACACUGAAGGAAACCGGCCUCGAUUAUGUCGACCUGAUGCUCAUUCACGCCCCUUACGGGGGCCGCGAGGCUCGGAAAGGUACCUGGAAGGCUUUGGUAGAAGCAAAAGAGGAAGGCAAAAUCCGCAGCAUUGGAGUCAGCAACUAUGGUGUUCGUCACCUUGACGAAAUGGAGGGCUACAUUAAGGAGUUGGAGGAGGAGAGGGGUAAAGGCAAAGGCGGAGUAAUUGAUGUGGGCCAAUGGGAAAUCCAUCCUUGGCUCCCUCGCAGGGACAUUGUGGAAUGGUGCCAGAAGCGUGGCAUUGUUGUGCAGGCCUAUUCACCACUUGUGCGUGGCACACGCCUGGACGACCCGUUGCUGCAACCGUUGGUGAAGAAAUAUAACAAGACGGCAGCACAAGUCCUUCUGAGGUGGAGUCUACAGAAGGGUUUCGUGCCUCUACCAAAGAGUGUCACCCUGAGCAGGAUUGAGGAAAAUGCGGAUCUUUUUGAUUUUGAGCUUACGGCCGAGGAGAUGAAGAGCUUGGAGACCUCAGAGUAUUCUCCUUGCGCCUGGGACCCUACG